AUGUGGAGAUUUAAGCCAUUCAGCCACAAAGAGCAUACUGGUCUUGAAGGACGCACUGUAGAUGUUGGCAAUCUUAAAAUAAACAUUGUUAAGGCCAUUGCGGAUGGAGGGUUCUCUUGUGUCUACCUAGCUCGUGAUGUUGUACAUAUGUCAAAGCAAUAUGCUUUGAAACACAUUAUAUGCAAUGACGAAGAAUCACUUGGAUUGGUAAAGAAGGAGAUAUCUGUGAUGAAGAUGCUGUUAGGACAUCCCAAUGUUGUCACACUUCAUGCACAUGCUAUCUUUGAUAUGGGUAGGACAAAGGAGGCAUUCCUUGUGAUGGAAUUUUGUGAGAGGUCUCUGGCCAAUGUGCUGGAGAGUCGUGGAGCUGGUCAUUUUGAUGAGAAACAGGUUCUUUUAAUCUUCAGGGAUGUAUGUAACGCAGUUUUUGCUAUGCACUGCCUGUCCCCUCCUAUUGCUCACCGAGACUUGAAAGCGGAGAAUCUUUUGUUGAGUUCAGAUGGCUCAUGGAAGUUAUGUGAUUUUGGUAGCACUUCCACCAAUCACAAACGUUUUGAAAAGCCAGAAGAAAUGGGGAUUGAGGAAGACAAUAUCAGGAAGUACACAACUCCAGCCUACAGGGCCCCUGAGAUGUGGGAUCUGUUCCUGAGAGAAGUCAUUAAUGAGAAAGUGGACAUAUGGGCUCUUGGAUGUCUUCUUUUUCGCAUAUGCUACUUCAAAAGUGCUUUUGAUGGGGAAUCAAAGCUUCAAGUCUUAAAUGGAAACUACCGUAUUCCUGAUUUACCAAAAUACGAUUCAUCUAUCACGGACUUGAUAAGAGACAUGCUCCAAGCUAGACCAGAUGACAGACCAGAUAUCACGCAGGUCUGGUUUCGUGUUAAUGAGCAACUGCCUGUUAAUCUACAGAAAUCAUUACCCGAUAGACCUCCUGACUCACCCUCACCAAACAAUCAUGAAGGUAUGCCAAUGCCCUCAAACAGAUCACCUCCAAUGCCUCGUAGGAACCCACCUCCUCCUCCUUCAUCUGGAGAACACAAAACUACACCACAGCCAUCCCUUGCUUCUAGGGGAGGGGGCGAUGGGGGGCAGCUUGGUGCUUUCUGGUCUAGUCAGCAUGCAAAGGAUUCACUUGUCAGUGAGGACAAGAGCAAACCAAUUUUUGAUGAAGAUAGAGGUCGUCCUGAAAAUGAACAAAUAGUGAAAAAUGUUGGUACUAGCAGAGUGGUUAAUGCGCAAACUCAUACUGUGAAAAGCGGUACACAUGGAAAAUUACACAAGCCUGAUACCGCACCCUCAAAGGAUUUUGAAAUAAAUUUAUUCCAAGAUAAAGAUCGAAAGGAGAAUACAGCCAACUUUCAAAACCAGGCUUUUAACACUUUUGUUGCUGAAUUCGACACCACUAAGCUCAACUCUGGACCUAGUAACAAACCCGAAAGGGAACAAGCAUUAGAGGCUGAAGUGGAGAAACUCAAAGAGCAGCUGAAGGAAGCUAACGGGGAAAAAGCUGAAAUAACAUCAAAGUUUGAAAAGCUUUCUGCUAUCUGCCGAUCUCAAAGGCAAGAAUUGCAGGAUCUCAAGCAAGCACUAGCAGCUCGGACUCCUUCACCAAGUAAAGAGGGUUUGAAAACCUCUCCUGCAGUUACAUCAUCUGCACCUGUGCAGGAUAGAGCUGAAUGGAAAACUCCUAGUUCAGAACCAAAGUCAUGGCAAGCAUUUGCUGGGGAACCCCAACAACAAAAGGCCCAUUUGGCAGAAAAUACUGGCAAAUCUGUAAGGACAAAUAAUGGUCUGCAGAACAAGCAAUCUGUUCCACUCGCUACUAAUUUUGAUUCCUGGGGUUUCGGAACAGAUAGCUUCAGUGCUGUACCCGCUGGCAGCUCACAGAUGCAAAGACCUAGCAGUGCUGGAGGUAAGUCUCAGGGUUUUGGUGAGGCAAAGGCCUUUGAGAGUAAGCCAACUACUCAACCAGCUGGUUGGGCUGGUUUUUAA